AUGUCUUACAGGAAUGUUGGCUUCUGCCGCUGCGGUACUGAACUUGAUCUUUGUACAAGAAACCAGUGCUCCUCUUAUUUGGCUAAGAAGGCAGCCAAGCUACGACGGCUAACAAAGAACUACGCAAUUCAUGCUAAGCAAGAGGAGGCUGAAGUUAACCUUGGUGAGAUGGUUGAACGCUACUUCAUGCGCCCGUUUCGCAUGCUUGUGGUCGAGCCUAUUGUCCUACUUAUGAGCCUCUACUCUGCAUUCAUCUACGGCCUUUUAUAUCUCUUUCUCACCGCAUAUCCCCAAAUCUUCCAAGGAGUUUACGGCAUGCGGCCUGGCAUCAGCGGACUUCCAGAGCUGGGUGCUGUACUUGGCUGGAUUAUAACAGGUAUCGUAAUGACUCUACACGCGCCAAAUUACACACGUAAGCUUGUGGCCAACAAUAAUAUGCCCGUACCUGAGUGGCGAAUGCCUGAGGCAAUGGUUGGAGCUGUGCUUUUCGCUGGCGGCAUGUUUUGGCUUGGCUGGUCAGGAUACCGAAAAGAGAUUCACUGGAUCGUGGCUACUAUUGGUGGCUUUGUGACCGGUCUCGGUAUAUAA